CCUCCAUGUGUAACUCAGGGGCAUUCUGAUUCAUCCAUAAGCAUGGAAAACUAAAGAAGUUAAAGAUAAAAUGUGGAUAUUUAGGCGUCUGGUGUUACCGGUGGCUCUGAAAGGACACAUUUCGCUCUUCAGGCGACCUCCUAGACCCUUGCCGGACCUGGAGUUGCACUUUCUACACUGUACCUGCUGCUGGAGGGUUCGAAUCCCAGCUGCAGAUCUGAACUUGACUGCACUGCACUCUGAACCUGCAGAUCAUCAGUUCAAGCAUGACACCGACAUAAAGCUGGAUUCUUUCUACACCUCGGAGCAGCGCACCACCAUCCUGCAGCUCCUCAACACGGCCUCCGAGUCCGAGCUCUCCAUGGUAAAAAUGCUCCGGGGUCGAAAAUCAGCCAAUAUUGUGCAGUACAGGAGCAGGAAUGGACCUUUUAAAGACCUAGAGAGUGUGGUGAAUGUUCCACUGCUGAAGCAUAAGAGCGCCCUGAUUGCAUUUCAUUCCAUCCUGAACCCGGUGGAGAAAAGAGAGAGGAAGAAAGGAGGGAGGAUUCAACUCGCCAAGUUUAUCAGACCAGAAGUGGAUAAAGCUCUGCUAGAGGACGCCACCUCUAUCGUGUCUGUUGUAUGUGGGACAAACAAGAUAGCAUGGACACACAUGGACCGGGCGAUGACUGUGUUAGACUGGCAGCAGGAAGAAUGCCAAAGCUUCAUGAAGGGCACCUACAUGGCAUCCAGCUAUUUAGAUGAUGUUUCAGCUGUGGUGUCCAACCUUCCGCUGGCAGAUUUCUAUGUGGUGGAGAAGCCGAGCGUGUCUGCUCAGAACACCACGUUGUUCCCGGUGAUGGCUCACCUGCGGACAGUGGAGGCCAUGCUGUUCGCCCUGCUCAGCUCCAGGAGAGAAGCAGGAGCUCCGCCCAACGUGCUAAACAUGAUGCGGCCGGCCGUGGGCCGCCACUUCGGCUUGAUGCUGGGCGAGAGCAGGACCAGCGGUGCAGAGACAGUGAGGAACAUAAUGGCAGAGUCUGCAUUAAAGAAGACGCCACGGGUGAUCUUCCCAAGUGAACUUCUACUGCGCUACAGAGGAUCGUUUCAGAUCAACAGCAGGAAUAAAGGAGAAGAGCUGUGUGAUGCUCUGCUGCAGGCUAUCACCUUCUACGAACUGCUCACCACCUGAGAGAGACACCAGCAAGUACAAGUCAAGUGGAUCAAAGCUGGCAUAGAUGUGGGAAGUGGGGGCAGCUGGGGCCUCUAAACCUAGAGGGAGGAAAAACUGAGAACGGACUUAAAAAAGGCACUGAAAAUACUGUGCAUAUCAUUUUUAUAAAAUGAAACGUUGUCCCUCACUGUAUCAGGGUACACACAGAGCAGAAGAGUCUGGUAUGAGACACAGCCUUUCAGUUCACUGUCUGACACAGCACCUCUCCUCAAGUGCAGCCUGAUACAGUGAGUUUUGAUGAGACCUGUAUAGUUCACUUUCAUGAUUUCGAUUAUUCUGUACUGUUUUAUCACACUGUUACACUGUCGCCUUGAAUACUUCUGGUAUCAUCAACAGUCUUGCUUUGAGUCACGUUUUUACACUCAGGCGACACUUAAAGCAUCUUCCUGCUAACCUUAAAGUUGUGUGCUGAUUUGUCUCAGAAGAUCCAAUCAGAAGUGGAUAGCACCAACUGAUAAUUACCUGGUACCAAAAAGUGUCUCAGAUGACUUUUGCCAUCACAAAUUUUAUGACUUCCAGGGUUGCCAAAUAUUGUCACAUGCAGCACAAUAUAGUGGCUGUAAUAGCUAAAAAGAUCACAUAGAGAUCACUCCGUUUUAACACAAUUUGUUUCCAACAAGCUCAUGGUCAGGUGUCCAAAUACUUUAGACUAUAUAGUGUUUUUACCCCCCGCCCCUUUCCGUUUACACCCCACAAACCUGAUUUUGGUAGAGGUUUCUCUUAGUCAGUGUUUGACACAGUAAAAAGAAGCACAGCCACUGCCAGCAAGACAAACAGUUACACAUUUUUAUUUUACAUUGUUUAUUGUAUGACACAAUGUUUCCGCUUGAGAAUCUGACACUAGGUUGCUUCCACAACACACUGCUGUCUAUAAAUAUAAGUAAACAAUCAAAAAUAUAUCUAGAAAAAUAUACAUCUCUACUUAUUUUACACAACUUACAAGACUUGUGGACACAGGAUAUGACAUGAUUGAUUGAGUGUGCCGUAUAUCACCGUAGCUCUGCCGCUAAAAGGCUGAGAGUGCUCUUAGGUAAACAUAAGCCGAUGUCCUUGAGGUAGUGAGGAAAUCUGUAAUUGGAACACAGCAACUGAAGAAAGCAUGGUUUUGUGAUAGUUAAUUAGGUAGUGCGAAUGUACAGUAAAUAGGGUGCUGAUUGUGUACCUGAGUUUAUGCUGGGACUUCAUGCGUUCCGCUCUGCAGAUGAAGUGCAGGGUGGGCAGGUAAUCCGUAACUACAGCAGUCUUAUUACCGUUAUAUCGGAAAGCUCUACUGUUCAGCACUUUGUGUACAGUGUCUCGAGUCUCCUGGACACUAAAAACACCAGAAACAAACAACAUUUUUGAAUGUAAAAUUUGAAUUUAAAUUGAUAUAAUUACUUAUACUGUCUUCAUUAUUCUGCACUCAAUCACCCAGAAUGAAGAAGUAAAUGUUUUUUAAGAUU